AUGAAGGGAGUGGCGUACAUUCUGUUGGCUCUCGCCAUCGCUGGUCAUGCGGUGGCCGGCUACCGACUGCAGGACGAGGAGGAUGAGUUUGUGCCGUUCAUUGCCAGCGGAACGAACGCCGUGCUGGGUCAGUUCGCGUCGGUCGUGGCCGUGGGUCUGCCGGCUCCCCCGACGAACGCAUUCUGCGGCGGAGUGAUCCUCAACGAAAACCACGUCCUGACGGCGGCCAUCUGCGUGCUGACGCCUCAGCACACCCUACUCGAGACCAGCGCGGUCACCAUCCUGUCUGGGGCGCUGCAGCUCAACUUUGCCGCGGAUCGCAUCGGGAUCAGCGCCAUGUACGUGCAUCCGCAGUACAAUCCGUACACGCUCGAGAACAACGUGGCGGUGCUGCGGACCAACACCAGCUUCCUGUUCCCGGUCGUGCCGGUGCCCAGUCUCGAGGUGGCCACCAUCUACGAGGAGGUCAUGUUCGACGGUCAGGCUUGCCAGGUGGUGGGUUGGGCCAACGGGACGGCCACCCCGGUCCAACAGUUCAUCAACACGCCCAUCCUGAACCGUGACACGUGCAACGAGCUGGUGGUCAACUUUGGCCGCGUCCAGGACUCGAUGGUUUGCGCUGGAACCACCGGAACCGGACCGGGUGUCUGCGCCAGCAACCAGGGCACGGGUCUGUUCUGCGAGGGCCGGCUGGCCGGUAUCCUGGUGACGGGGCUCGGCUGUGGCCAGGCCAACAAUCCGGGCAUCUACGCCCAGCUGCGCUACUACCUGCCCUGGAUCCGGGAGCAGUUCACCCGACAAGACAUUCCCGUCGCGGGCUCCUCGCCAAUUCCUGCGCUGUAA